AUGGACGAACAGUUCAGCAAAAAAGCCAAAGUCAUCCUCAAAUCAGGAAGACCAUACUUUUGGGCCGCUUUUUUUGAACAUCGAAGCAUUACUUUCACACUGGUUCCCAUUCCGUUAAUUGAAUCCGCCCAGGAGUAUCAAACCCGUGACGAUGUUGAUGUUGAUUACUGGUUGGAUACGAAUGUUGGGAUGAAGGAAUUGGAGGACGUAUUCAUGGUUCAUUAUGUUCCUCAUAUGCAGUGGAAUGGGAGAGACCACAACAUGGCAUUACAGUUGAUGGGUUUGUAUGGGGAGGGAAAUCUGUUAAUUAUGAAGCUGCAUUCCCAAACCGCCAUUGCGCACCUUGUAUAUGAAAAGGACCUUUAUGUUCAUGAGGAAAACACCACGACCAGUGCAUAUUACCACAAUGUCGAACACACCAUGUAUCAGGGCGCACUCCUCGGACAAUUGCACUUUGGGAUGUGCAUGUUGGGAGAUGUACUCUUCCCCAUGAUGCAUAAUAAUCAUUGGCUUCGUUUGGGACCGACCUUGAGGGACAGCAGCGGAGAAAUUUUAUUCAAUGCACAAGUUAACACUUUGAGCGGGUUGUUUCUAAGGGAUCAGAACAAGAAUCUGUCUUCUCGAGGUUGGAUUUUCGAGGAUGAGGGUCAUAAGCAAUACUUGAUGCUUUACGCGGAUCUGCAAGUUGUCAUGAGUUUUGUCCUUCAUAAUAUUUCAGUAGAUGCACCAGGAUGUCGGUUACCUGAUUCGUCCAAUGAAAUGGGGUCUCAAAUUCAUUUGCCCAUGACAGAAGAUAUGUUGAGCGAGUCAGCUGAUUUUCCAGUCCGUGUUUUAGUGACUUUGAAGAAGCACUUGUCUGCAUCAAGUCGAUGCGAACCAUUCCUAGGUCUUCGUGUUACACGUCGAGGAGCUUGA